UUACACAAUAGCCCAUUACGUUUCUGUUUUUUUUUUGUUUUGUUUGGGGUCGCCGUAAACCCUAAAUCACAAACUUUGAUUCUUCUCCUUCGAUCAAAGGCUCAUUAGAUGGCAGAAAGUAAUGUAGCCGAGGAAACCACCAUGGAUGCUUCUCAGGAGCAACAUGAAACGGUCGAUGAGAUGCUUGCUAGGCACAGGCAAGAGAUAAAGCAACUACAGAACAAGGAGACGGAGAUGAAAAAGGCAGCGGCAAAAGGAAGCAAAGCCGAACAAAAAGCAAAGAAGAAGCAAGUCGAAGAAGACGUUUUGAAACUCUCCACUAAGCUCAAGGAGAAACAGUUGAAAGAACUCGCGUCACAAGGUUUCAGCAGCAGCAGCAGCAGCAAUAGCAACAUCUCCAAGGACGAAACGAGCGAGAAGAAAGGUGAUAUCGACACUUUAGUGAGAGCCAUCGCUGGAGUCUCUGUCACUGCUCAGCAAGAACACUCGAAGCCGAGCAAGAGCGUGAAGAGACGCGAGAAGCGAGCUAAGGAAGAAGCGGAUAGAGAGCAGAGAAUCAAAGAGGAGCAGAGCAAAGUGAAAAGUGAUCGUAUGCUCGAGAACCAGAAGCUCGAGAAGAAGCUUGAACCGUUGGGAUUAACCGUCAAUGAGAUCAAACCAGACGGGCAUUGCCUUUACCGAGCAGUAGAAAACCAGCUUGCGAAUCGAUCAGGCGGUGCAUCUCCUUACACAUACCAGAAGCUUAGAGAAAUGGCUGCUGCGUACAUGAGAGAGCACCAAACUGAUUUCAUCCCGUUCUUCUUGUCUGAGACCGAGGCUGACUCCAAUGGCGGCUCUGCGGAAGAGCGGUUCGAGAAAUACUGCGGAGAAGUCGAGUCAACCGCGGCUUGGGGCGGCCAGUUGGAGCUAGGAGCCUUAACACAUUGCUUGAGGAAACACAUAAUGGUGUUUUCGGGAUCGUUCCCGGAUGUUGAAAUGGGCAAAGAGUAUAAAUCCGGCAAUGACUCGACCCUCAUGUUAUCUUAUCACCGGCAUGCUUUUGGGCUCGGUGAGCAUUACAACUCCGUUGUGCUCCUCAACAACAUCACCGAAUGAUAGACUUUUGUAUCAAAAGUUUCAAGAUUUACUGAAAUUUCUAUUCUUCUUUUAAUGUUUCCUGGCUUUGAAAGAACCUACAUACUUUGUAACUUAUGUUUUUACAAUGCGAUGUGUCAUUUAUUCUAUACAGCUCCAGGUUUUAAUUACACUAACACAGAUAUGUAGUGAUUCGGCCAAGAAACUUGUUUAUGGCCUUUGG